AUGUUUCUAGUCCAUUUUGGUGGCACCACACAUAGCGAAGUCAAACGCAAAACCAUUUGGGAACCAUCGUGGUCACACAAGAAUGAUCACAGUCUAUUGACGAGAUCUGAAACAAAUCUGGGUGAUCUUAAAAUGCGUCAAAACACUGCAAGAUAUUUGUUUCGUCGGUCGAUCAACAAAUCGGGGAAUAAAACUAUUGGCUCAGACAAAGGACUACAGAUAAAUUCUACUACAGAUAGUAACUCUACAGCUAUGAAGCUCACGGGAGAGGAUUUUUUGACGAAAACAAAUAUACCUCCCUUUCCUAACCCACCAUCAUCCAUCCCCCCAACACAUUUAGGUUGCUCAAAGUUCAUCGAGUCUUGUGAGAAUAAAUGUUCGAACGAAACACGUUUCGUCUCAAGCGAUCGUGCCUUUGUCCCGUUGUGUAGUUGUGAUACUUCAUGUAAUGGUAUUUUUAUGGAUUGUUGCAGCGAUUAUACUAAACAUUGCGGGAGCAAUACCAUAGUGCCUAGCGACCCUGUGUAUGAGGCACGAUCAUAUUUACAAUGUGAGUCAAAGCUUAAUCUAUCACUUGAGCCUUGUGAACAGCCCGAUGGAGUAUGGAUGAUAAAACAAUGCCCCAUGCAAUGGUCUGAUGACGUCAUACGUCGUAAGUGCGAGGCGCCGUCCAUGUUUCUCGAUAACCGAGCCUACGGUACAUUAGUCCCAGUGUACAGCGGAAUAAGCAAUCUGACCUACAGGAACCAGUAUUGCGCAAUAUGCCACAAUGUGACGUCAUAUGAAUUCUGGGAGUUGACAUUCCGGGAAGAAGCGACACCGCCGAGCCACUUUAACAAAGAAACUCUUAUGACGUUCAUUAGCUCAAAUCUACGGUAUUUUCGAGGGAUUAGACCUAAAUAUAGUUUCAAUGUGCGGUAUUGCUAUUUUGCAAGUAUUGUUAAAUCUUGUCCAAAUUCUUGGGACUUUGAUAAUACUCAGUGUGUUAAUGGGACAGUUGAAAUAGUCCACUCGAGUGAUGUAGUCUAUAGAAACCGUGCCUGUAGUUCGUGCCACGAUGUGAAAUCUCCGUGCUCCAUUGAAACGGUUUCCCCUGGAGGUUGUUUCGUGUUGCCAGGAAUUAUAAGCCGUGCGGUGGAUUUACAAGAUUAUGGCGUUGUCAAGGUUACCAAAGUAUGUCCCGAAGGACAGGUCUACGAUCCUUAUAUAUCCACAUGUCGUUCAAACUAUCAACCGCUACUCCUGAAUUCCUCCGUGGAUUCUUACAAAAUCAUAAUGGCAGUGCUAAGGUACGCUUCCACACCACGGGUCAACGAAUCACAACUUCUGCAAACGAUUGCAAGAAAUUUCAAUUUCUCGAAACGUCAAGUAAGGAAUGUUGAAAUAGCUACACUGGAUGAUAAAUUUAUCAUCUCAUUCAUGCUUCACUUGACACCGUUACAGAGCCUAAUAAUUUCUUCCGGUGGAGUUAAAAAUCCGAAAAACCUUAAACUCUGGCGGUUAUUGAGGUUUAAGAGUGCUUUCCCGUUGAUUCUAAGUGAUGGAGUAAAUUUAACUGUAUUCCGCGUUAAAGUUGGGAGAUUGGCUUGCAUGCAUUGGAGUGUUUAUCAAUACCACGAUUAUACGAUGUUCCAAGAUCACCGCUUGUACAUAAACAAGACUAAAGUUACCUACGAAGAAUAUGAAUACGAACUGAGUGGACCAGCUGUCAAACCUAAAGCAACCGUAUGUUCCAAGCUUGCUCCUUUCCAUAUAGAUGACUCUUACAUAAGUUUGAAUCCUUCCGAGUAUACCUUGCUUCCCAAUCUUACGCUUAUAUACAAAAAUUCAAGAUACGAUUUUGGAGAGUAUUCAUAUGUAAAUGGUACAGUGUAUAUUUUUGUUGGAUUCAAAGUGGAACACGAAAAAUCCCCGUUUUUCAGAAAUAGAGCUGUGUUGACCAUCGUGAACUUCCCUUGCUUUAUUCUAUCUGAAUUAUUUCUCAUCGCCCUAAUUGUCACUUAUUUACUUUUCAAGGAGUUGCGAACUUUACCCGGGAAAAAUCUACUAAGUUUGGCCGUUUCCCUGUCGUUGACUUUUCUAUUUUGGGUGUUUUCUGGAGAAUUUACAGACAGCGAAACGAUGUGUACUGCCUUAGCUAUUGCGACUCAUUAUUUCUUUUUGGUGUACUUUACUGCCUGCAGUGUAAUCGCUUAUCAUUCGUGUCAUGUAUUUGGCCGCGGUAUCGCUGUACGCCCAAGUGAAGAAGAGGAGAACAGAAGAUUUAGGAUCUAUUUUCUGCUAACUUGGUUCGCUCCAGCAUUGUUUGUCGGAUUAUUCAGCAUACUGGACCACACUGGUUCCUUUGCUGUGGAUUACGGCCUUGUUGGAGAAGUCGUGUGCUUUCUGGGCACAAAACAAGCACAGUUUGUUACGUUUAUCACCCCAAUUGCAAUCUCCCUUUUCUUCAACGUCUCAAUGUUUAUACACGUUGCAAAACGAUUUUUUAAGAAUCAAAGAUCGAACUCGCAAUUUUUAUCCAGUGAACUCCAACGAAAACGCGAUCGAGAAAAUGUGCUUAUUUGUAUCAGGUUGUCAACGCUAAUGGGUUUCUCUUGGUUGUUUCUGUUUAUACAUCUUCUUUCUCGACCCAAGACUCAAGUAUUUCUCUAUCUUUUUGUUGUGUUUGUCGGUCUACAAG